AUGUCUGGUCUGAACGGGCCGCGCAGUAGAAGUGGAUGCUGGACAUGCCGAGCUCGCAAGGUCAAAUGCGAUGAAGGUCGACCCAAGUGCGAGAAGUGCAUCAAGCGAAACAGAGAAUGCGAUUAUGAGCCCCGGAAAAGAGCCCCCCGGGGAAGCGGCCAAGGACCCCGCAGUCUCCACCUAGAGAUGAAUUCCAAACCCAAGGCGAUCGCGAUCGCUCCGGCAGCAACGAGCGUUUCGCCAGCAUCUACGCUUGUUGAUUUAGAAUCGGACUUGCCUUACGGAAUCAAGGCUGCGGAUUGGCCAGUUGCUCUCACAAGUACAGAUCGCCGAGCACUUGAUCAUUAUGCUGCUUACGUUGUUCCUCGGAUGAUUCUAAAAACGGCUAGAUGGUCAUCAUACUCAUAUGUAUUGUUGAUGUGCGCAAAACAUCCGCUCUUAGCACAUCUUGUUACUGCAUUCUCUGUGCGAGAUAUGGCCAAGGAGAAUGAAAAUGAGCUGCUUACGAUAGCGAUGGAACAUUACCAGAAGGCGCUGUCACUUUUUAUCGAGCAUCUCUCCGCCCCACAAGUGACCGGAUGGAUUACAUUUCCGGCUCUAUGGUUUUUUAUUAUUUACGAGCAAACAUAUGGCGAUGACCCCAAUGUACUACAAACGCAUCUUCGUGGGGUGCGGGAUGUUAUUAUUACUCACGGAGCCGCAAUUUUGCCGGGAUCCUUGCAUGAUGAAGCUAAUGCGGGUCAAGAAGCUCCACCGAAAUAUUGGGUUCCACCGCAGAUGAUCGACCGAAUGGCAUUGUGGACUAUCCACCAUGACGCUAAGGCAUCUACAUUCGGCCUGGGGGCUAGUAUAGUGACCCUAUUGGAUGAGCACUAUCCCGGCGCUGUAGCGAAGAUCAGCAAAAGUUCUAUCAACGCGCUGCAGGAUGCAUGGGGCUCGGAUUAUCCGGUCCAGGAGGAGAUUUGGGACAUGCAGAUUGAAAUUCUGUAUAGCUUUGCGCAUGAUGCGACGAUGUUACGAUAUGAAUUGUCCGACAUUGAGAAAGAAAACGUUCCCAUAGACCCUGGCAAAUUACUUUCAUUCAGCCGGAAAUUAAAGGAGUUACAAGAGUUUAUGUUCCACAGCCCUGUCACGCAGAAUUGA